AUGGGAAAUUGUCCAACGACUCCGAAUGAAUUCGCAACCAAAAGUCUUGAUCCGUUAUGCAAUGGCCAACGCAUGUGGACAACAUUUUUAUUUUCAUCAUUAUUCACUUUAUUUGGCGGUUGGAUUCUUAUUCUUAUAUACGAUGUGACGAAAGCUCUGCUGAUAAAACAGCGUCGAUUAAAACUUAUUAAAACACUUAAAAAUUUCAGUCAUGGAGAUGAUUGUACAAGACGGCCUAGUUCGUUAUGGGCAUCCAACAUUCACUUGAAUCAUGAUACAUCUGAAAAUUAUUUUAGUUGGUUACAAGCAAUAAAAGAAUGGGAAAAUAAUUUAAUAUCUGGUCAAACAAAAAUGGGCAAAACAUUGGUUGGCAUUAUUUUUAUAUGUAGUGUUGCAUCACUAAUACUUUAUUUUGUUGAUACAAAAAAUGCAUUCAUUGAAUCAUGUACUGAAUUUAACAAAUCUUUUACAAUGCAAGCUGAUCUUGCCUUGAACAUACUGUUUCUUGUUUAUUUUUUUCUUCGAUUUACUGCUUCACAACAUAAACGACGAUUUUGGUUUAGUGUAUAUUCAAUUGUUGAUAUGUUUACUAUUCCACCAUCAUUUGUUGCUUUAUAUCUUAAUCGAAAUUGGAUAGGCUUCAGAUUCCUUCGAGCUAUACGCAUAAUGAAUAUUCCAGAUAUUCUUCAAUAUAUGGGUUUAAUUGAACGACCACGUACUAUACGUAUUGUACAAUUAGCGUCACGAUUUAUUGCUGUAUGGUUUGCAGCUGCAGGCGCAGUGCAUUUAGCUGAGAAUUCAGGCGAUUUUUUUUGUAAUUUUGAAAAUGGUCAAGAAUUAGAUGUAUUCAAUGCAAUUUAUUUUAUGAUUGUGACAAUGACAACAGUUGGUUAUGGAGAUGUCUUUUGUAAAACAUACAUCGGAAAAUUUUUUAUGUUGUUAUUUUUAAUUGGCGGCUUGGCAUUUUUUGCAACGAUGAUUCCAGAAUUUUCAAAUUUAUUUGGAUCAAAUGGACAAUAUUCAGGUCGUUAUCGUAUUGUAAAAGGCAAACGUCAUGUAAUCAUUUGUGGACAUAUAACACCGCAUUCAAUGACAACUUUCCUUCGCGAUUUCUUACAUAAAGAUCGUGAUCAAGCUGAAGAACUCGAUGUUAUUAUAAUAAACAGAAAAGUUCCCGACAUCGAAAUGGAAGCACUAUUAAAACGAUAUUAUGCAAAGGUGAAAUAUUUCGUCGGUACUGUAAUGAAUGUUGCUGAUUUACAUCGUGUUCAAGUUGAUAAAGCAACUGCAUGUUUAAUCAUUGCUGAUAAAGAAUGUCCAGAUCCUGAUGGCGAUGAUUCUGCAAAUAUAAUGCGAGUCAUAAGCAUAAAAAAUUUUAAUCAACGUAUUCGAAUUUUAUUACAACUUCUUCAUUAUAAAAAUAAAAUGAAUGUUGCAUCAAUACCCGGUUGGAGCUCAAAAGAUGGCGAUGAAAUUAUUUGUAUUGCAGAAUUAAAACUUGGUCUAAUUGGAAUGUCUUGUGCUGUACCAGGAUUUUCUACAAUGAUGACAAAUAUUUUUCGUAUGUCAGCUUACAAAACUCGUUCAGCACAAGAAUUGACACAAACAUGGCUAUGGCGUGAAUUAUAUCAUCGAGGUGCAGCUAUGGAAAUGUACCUUGAAGAAUUACCACGUGCAUUUCAUGGCAAAUCAUUUACUGAGGCAGCAUUAAUUUGCUUUAAACUUCGUGUGAUGAUGCUAGCUGUGGAAAUGAAACAUACAGAUGAAAAUGGAAAUACGAGAAUGAUUGUUGACGUUGCACCAAGAACAGAUUGUACUAUUGUUCAUGGAACUCGAGCAUUUAUUGUUUGUAGUUCAAGCAAUGAUUCAAAAAGAGUGAAAUACUAUUGUUCGGUUUGUUAUCCAGAUGUUGAUCGGCUAACAGAAACACAAUUAAAACGAAUGAAAAAAUGUCGACAUUUUUCGCAAGAAAUCUCUCUCAAUAAUAUCGUAGUAGAAAGUCAAGUAUCAGUUGAAAAAGAGAAUCACACAAGUACUAUUAUACGUUUAGCAGAACGUGAUACUCGUUGUCCUUUACUUUUAUCUGAACCAGAACCAACAGAUUCAGCAUCACUAACACAAAGUGAACCAAUAAUAGAAGAAACUCUGUCACAAUUCGAUGCAACUGGAAUGUUUUAUUUUGUUCCAUCACGACCUAUUGAAGAAGCUGUUCUUAAUCUAGACUGUCUUCGUGAACGUCGUUUGGCAUUUCGUCGACAGAAUACCUUAAGAAAUGGUAGUUUCCAAUUACAUGAAAAGCCGAAAUUUAUCGGACCAAACCAUCCAGUGCAUUUUCAAGAUCAUGUUAUCGUUUGUCUUCAUGCUGAUACUUCAUCGCCCACCAUUGGCUUACGAAAUUUUGUUAUGCCUCUUCGUGCUAGUUCAUUUCAUCGUCACGAAUUGCCUACAAUUAUAUUUGUAACAGAUCUUGAUUAUAUUAAAAAUGAAUGGGAUAUGAUAUCAACGUUUCCUGAUAUAUACAUUCUUAAUGGCUCACCAAGUAAUCCAUUCAAUUUACAAUUAAUAUGUAUUCAAGAUUGUCGUCAAUGUGUGAUUAUGUCAACAUUGGAUCGUGACAAUCAAGAUACAUACUUAGUUGAUAAGUCAUCUGUUCUUUGCACAUUAAAUAUUCGACAAAUCGAAAUGAAAUCAGCUGGUUUUGCAUCGGUGAUGAAUUUGACAGGACAAAAUACGUUCGACAUCAACACUAAUCAAACUAUGUUCUUACUUCAGAAUAAAAUUCGUACUAUCACAACAUUAACAAUUGAUUCAAAUGUUCAAUAUGUUGAACAAGGUGAUACCGAUGAAGUUGAAUUAGAAUUUUUUCUAACAACACCAUUUGCAUCUGGCGCUGCAUUUGCUGAUAGUGUACUGGAUUGUAUUUUAAGUUGUGCUUAUUAUAAUGAUAAUGCAGUUAAUUUACUUCGAAAUAUUUUAACCGGUGGAGUUGAUUUGCAAUUAGAAGAAAUUUUAGCUGAAGGUGGUGGUUUUACACAAUGUGACACAUAUGAUACAUUAAAAAAACGAAAUCGUGCUCGUGUAGCGCUUUUAGAAAUUCGAGAAUUAAUACCAGAUAUUGAUAUAAGAACCAAUCCAGUUACGUUCAGUGUAUUAUUUUGUGAAGCUAUUCAACGUUUUCAAAUGAUCGUCAUGGGUAUAUACCGUUUAUUAGAUGUGCUUGUUCGCAACGAUCCCUCGAAUAAUCCUAAUAAAAUACCUGGUGGUCAUAAACGUAUUGUUAUUUGCUAUCCACCACAUGGCUAUCAUAUGGAUCCAUCUGAUAUGGUCUAUGUAAUGCAACAAGCACGUCCGUAUGAUGAACAGUUUUCAAGACAAGUCUCAAUGACAACAACACAGUUUCAUUGA